AUGGCCUCAGUAAUAAGUUGGGCACCAGUUUUGACGGGUCAAUGGUACCGACAUAUGGGCCCGGAAGAUGCUGACGUGAUUGUUUACAUGUGGGACCACACAAGGGUGACGACCUGCAUUUCUGUCACAAUUACCGUCCAGGACUGCCCCGUCUUCGACGGCCUCUACAGCUUCUGCCAGACCUACGCCGGCGGCUCCGUCGGGGGCGCCGUCAAGCUCAACCACGGCCACGACAUCGCCAUCAACUGGGCCGGCGGCCUCCACCACGCCAAGAAGUGCGAGGCCUCCGGCUUCUGCUACGUCAACGACAUCGUCCUCGCCAUCCUCGAGCUCCUCAAAUACCACCAGCGUGUUCUGUAUGUCGAUAUCGAUAUUCACCAUGGGGACGGCGUGGAGGAGGCGUUUUACACCACGGACAGGGUGAUGACUGUCUCAUUCCACAAGUUUGGGGAUUAUUUCCCAGGGACAGGAGACAUUCGUGACGUUGGGCACUCCAAGGGGAAGUAUUAUUCCCUGAAUGUCCCGUUGGAUGACGGCAUCGACGACGAGAGCUAUCAAUCGUUGUUCAAGCCGAUCAUGGGUAAAGUUAUGGAGAUUUUCCGCCCCGGCGCGGUGGUACUCCAGUGUGGAGCAGAUUCCUUAUCCGGUGACAGGUUGGGCUGCUUCAACCUAUCCAUUAAGGGGCACGCAGAGUGCGUGAGAUUCAUGAGGUCCUUCAAUGUUCCGGUGUUGCUGCUUGGUGGUGGUGGUUAUACCAUAAGAAAUGUUGCACGAUGUUGGUGCUAUGAGACGGGAGUUGCACUUGGUCAUGAGCUAACUGACAAGAUGCCGCUAAAUGAGUAUUAUGAGUAUUUUGGCCCAGAUUAUACUCUUCAUGUUGCACCAAGUAAUAUGGAGAACAAAAACACACACCGGCAUUUGGAUGAAAUAAGAUCAAGACUUCUCGAAAAUCUUACAAAACUCCGGCAUGCUCCUAGUGUGCAGUUUCAAGAGCGACCUCCUGAGGCCGAGCAACCAGAGCAAGAUGAGGAUCAAGAGAAUCCUGAUGAAAGGCAUCAUGCUGACUCUGAUGUGGAAAUGGAUGAUGCCAAGCCUCUGGAGGACUCUGAAAGGAGAACCAGUACUCAGGGUGCGAGAGUUAAGAGAGAAUCUGCUGAAACUGAGGUGACAACAGAUCAGACUAGUCCUUGGUGGCACUUUUUAAAGAAGGAAGGUGAUUACCCAGCAAUGUGGGAGGCUGAGCCUCAAACACAGAGCAUUGUUCAUGUAUUGGCCUACAAGGGUUUUGUAGAUACUGUAUCAUUUAAUUUGUUUGCAAUUCUUUUAUUGCCUAUUGAUGCAAGUCCGAUGGCCAUAGACGGGCCAGCUGUUGUCAGGGCUGAACCAGAGAGCCCAUUGACUCCAUUGGACGAGCCAGGACAGUCUGUAAGCUGUAGCAUAGUUCAAACAAUCUACUGCACCAACAAGUUAGCUACCAGAAUCCAAGAUGGUCCGUGUGCCUUGAGAGCAGUUGAAGCUUUGUGCACUAUAUUCGUGACUUUGACACAAAUGAUAGUUGAUUCGUUAAUGCCAUUUUUAGCACUAAUUUAA